AGCUGGCGACGCCGACGCUGAUCGUGUAAUGAGUCGUUUUACUGUGCCACUGGAAAGGAAGCAAUUUUGCUGCCAGUAGAUAGCCGUUCAAUGAUGGACCGAACGAUUCCAUGCGCGAUGGCACACUGCUAGAAGCUACUGGACAGACAAGGUGGCCCGGCCGAUCGCGUCGAGUUUCGGAUGUACACAUGUACCACAGGAAAGCGUUACCGGUGCUAAAGCGUCUGCGUUCGCGCCAUGGGCUCCUUAGUACACGUAGUAUUAUUAUCAUGUGUAAUCAUUCCUCAUAUCUCUUGCGAAAAAUUCAACGACCAGAAAUUGGGGAUCUACAGGAAUCGUGUGUUGGAGAUGUUCCAGCACGCUUACGAUGGUUACAUGAAGUAUGCUUACCCUUAUGAUGAACUACGGCCACUUUCCUGUGAUGGCGUCGACACUUGGGGCAGCUUCUCACUCACGCUCAUUGAUGCACUCGACACUUUGGCGAUUAUGGGCAACUACACCGAGUUUAGAAAGGUAGCAGCAAUGAUUGCAGAAAACAUCAAUUUCAACAUCAACAUCAAUGUUUCAGUCUUUGAGACCAACAUUCGAGUGGUUGGUGGUCUGCUUUCUGCACAUCUACUGUCCCGAAAAGCUCAAAUGCCUCUCGAGCCGGGCUGGCCUUGCUCAGGACCCCUCCUGCGCCUUGCUGAAGAUGUGGCCACGCGAUUGCUUCCAGCUUUCAACACCAAGACAGGCAUGCCGUAUGGCACAGUCAACCUAAUCAAUGGAGUACCACUGGGAGAGACCAGCAUCACAUGUACCGCUGGUGUGGGCACCUUUCUGAUCGAGUUUGCCACCCUCAGCCGGCUGACUGGCAACCCGGUCUUCGAGCAGGUCGCCCUACGAGCCUUGCGAGCACUUUGGAGGUCCCGGACAUCCAUAGGCUUGGUAGGGAACCACAUUGAUGUUCAGCUUGGCAUCUGGACAGCCACAGAUUCUGGCAUAGGAGCUGGCGUGGACUCCUACUACGAGUACCUGGUGAAAGGUGCCAUCAUGCUGCAGAGGCCCGAACUUAUGCGUAUGUUUAAAGAGUACGAGAAAACGAUAAGCAAGUAUAUGAAACGUGACGAUUGGUAUUUCUGGGUGGAAAAUUCAUCUGGCAAAGUUACCAUGCCAGUAUUCCAGAGCCUCGAAGCAUUUUGGCCAGGUUUGUUGACUUUAAUAGGUGAUCUGGACAGUGCACGCAAGUCGUUAUAUAACUACCACCAGGUGUGGAAAGAGUAUGGGUUCACUCCGGAAUUUUACGAAGUGGUGCACGGAAGAGCUCACCCAAAGCGAGAUGGUUACCCGCUUAGGCCAGAACUUGUCGAGAGCUUAGUUUAUCUGUAUCAAGCCACAAAGGAUCCACAUUUCCUGGAGAUAGGCGUUGACAUCCUUGAAUCAAUCAGGCACAGUGCCAAGACUGAAUGUGGUUAUGCAACGAUAAAGAAGGUAGGUGACCACACCCUUGAAGACCGGAUGGAAUCCUUCUUUCUAGCUGAAACGACCAAGUACCUUUACCUCCUCUUCACUCCCGACCAUUUCAUUCACAACAACGGCAGUUCUGCCGACAUCGUACAGACAUCGUCUGGAGAGUGCAUUAUAGACACGGGGGCCUAUGUGUUCAACACUGAGGCCCACCCCGUCGACGUGGCGGCAGUACAUUGCUGCAGUGCAGACAAGGCUUCGGAGGACCAAGCGCUUCGAGACUUUGCAAAAGAAUUUGAUUUGAGCAAAUUGCUCGUAGAUGAGCAUAGAGAUGACUUCAUCAAGCCUUUGCGGGUCAAAGAAAACAUAGAUGGUACAGAUGACACUGACGAUUCUGAAGAACCUAAAUGUGCCAAAUCUGAAACGGACAAAAAUCUGCCCCCGCUGCCCUCAGCCCCUUCAAGUUUUCCAGCUCAGGAUCCUGCAUUAUUUUUCACCGAUCUGCUCUCUUCCGAGAAGGCCGCACAAGAAAAUGCGCAGGAAGGCGUUGUUGAAGUCGGUGAUAAAGAAGCUGGGCAAGAGGACAGAUCCGGUGAUGGUGAUAAUGAUGCUCGCAUGUUUGGUUUUCUAGGUGAAGUCAGAGAAGCUGAUAAUGAUGUAGCAAACUUGGAGACAGGUGAGGCUGGAGGCAGCUAUCAGCCAAACUUGUCGAGUGCUGGUGGUCGUGACAGGGCUGUAGAGAACAACAGUGAAGCACCAGACACUGAGCCAGUGAUCUCAUCUGACGAGAAUCGUUUUCCGAGUGACCUUGAUAGUGAAACAAGGAACUUGACACAAGGUACAGCUGCAGGGUCUCCACAUUCCACAAAAUAUAGUGCAGCCGAAACAAGUCAUGCUGGUGAACUGCACCUAGAACUGCCUCAAGGAACUAUUUCAACGGAGCCAAGCAUUGACCCCUCCGAGGAAGAAAGCACCAACCCCUCCGAGGAAGAAAGCACCAACGACCUUGCUCUAGACGAAGAGGAGUUCGAGGACGAAAUUGACGAGUACACUUCGCGUCACCCUUCUGCAGAAAAUGACAACAGUGAACCUGAUGACACUCAACCCACUGAGGAAUCAACUGAACUCAAUUCUUCGAAAUAUGUCUCCACAUCGCAAGAUGUUGUCAAAGGUUCUCAAGAAGCAGUUCGGACAGAGACUCUAGCUUCAACUACAGUAGGUGAUGGUGCGGUUGUGGAUUCUGGGAAAUCUGAUGGCGCCAAAGAUGAUGCCAAAGCAUUAGAGCAGGGCAAGGAACGUCGUGUUCAAAGCAGUCCAAGUGAAGCAACUUUUGGCAGCAAUGGCAGUGACGACCCCGACACAUCUACCACUACUGUUGUGAAUGCAACGGCAGGCUGGAAAUCGGAAGUGAAAGAAAUUGGGCUUGCCCCAGGAGAAGAAGAGGAAGUGAUAAUUGGUGACACAAAUAUGAGUGAAAGCAGAACUUCCAGUGAGGUGGCUGCACAGUCUGAAGGCCUAUUACAGCAAGCUCUUCAGGAAGCAUUUGGCAAGAAAUCGUCUGUAACGACAGAAAAUUCUGAGCAUUGCGUUAAAAAGCCAGCAAAGGAGUUAAAUGGAUGGUUGAUGCUCACGUGCCCAUCACAGCCUUUCACGUCAAGGCUUGCAUUCCGAGGGGAGAUGUUUAACAUUGGUUAGGUCUAGGCCAAUUUUAGGAGCAGAGUGUUAAUAAGAUGGCAAGUUGCGCAGGAAAGCACGGCACGCAUUGCGUUGAUGUAAUUGAUAUUGUGUUCCUCCACUCUUAGGAACAAAUUACAAAACAAAUUGCGUAUGUCGCAAGUUUCAUUAGUCUUGCCCAAAUUAAAUUGUUUAUUUUUAUUACGUACACCGCUACAAUAAAGAAUGACGUGUGUAGAGGUGUGUCGCCCACAGACAAUGCACCAAUUUGAAUAAAGAGAAGUUAUCUUAUGGCA